CGCCCCCUAGGGUUUGAUAUCGAGAGCGAGAGCCAGAGAGCGAGCGAGAGAGAAAGAGCGAGAGCUUCAAGAUGUGCCUGUGGUGUUUGUGAACUAGUGUACUUUUUUUUUUUUUUUUAUCAUGGGCGACGACAAAAGCAGCAGUAACAGAAAAUGGAUCUUUUUCGCAAUAGCGUUGGUAGCUCUGUCCCUUCCAUUUUACCUGUAUGGCGGAGCUGACUAUAGCAGGGCGGCAGUGACUGUUGGAGGCGGCGCAGCAGAGGCGGCAAAGGACAAGGCGGCGGCGGCGCUCGGCCUCGACCAGCGGCGGAGGCUCGCGGCGGCGCUGCGAGAGGUGCAGAGGGAGGUGGCCAGACUCGCCGGCAGCGAGGCAGUGGUAGACUCCAAGUGGGUUCUUCGUCUGGAGUCGCUUGCAGCCCAGUUAGACCCCAGGGACGCCUUGUCAAGACCCCACAAGGCCUGGGACUUCUCUGCUUGGCUCCCCAACACGCCGCGACCGAAUGACAGUGCGCAGGGGGAGCGGCACGUGUGCGCGGAGGUGUAUUUGGGCAACAAGUACGACUGGCCCCUUUACCAGCAUGGGAUGGAGCAGGAACAGUGCCACGACGUCCCGCCCUUCAGCUCUGUCCUGACGGCGGUUCUCCCUGCGAAGUCUUGGCCAGACGAUGUCCUCGAGUUGGUUCUUGCGCAGAUCAAGAAGCUCUAUGAGAUCCCUGUGGUCGUUCUGGUGCGGGAGGGAGGAGGCAGAGCGGCCAACGAGAGCCAGGUGAGCUACGUAGAGAUGGACAGCGGCCUCUCGGACUCUGAGAAUCUCAACGCCGCCGUAUCAAAGGUUGCCACGCCCUUCGUGCUGCUGGGGGAGUCGCUGGCGCACUUCAGCAACCAGUCGUCGCUCGAGCGCCUCGUGCGGGUGCUGGACGACCUGGAUCACGUGCAAGUGGCCGGGGGCGCCGCCAGGGACACGCGCGGCCACUGGAGCCACGGCUGUCUGCAGCAGCACAUGGCCAACUACCAGGCCAAGUACACACUGGGCUACUACCACUCCAAGUACGAGUGCAUGUACUGCGACGACCUCCUCACCCCCUUCGUCACGAGAACCAAGCUGCUUCAGUCGCUCGCCUUCAGUGCCGGUCUCAGCGGACAGGCUGUGUACCGAGACUGGUUCGCCAAGGUGCGCGGCGCAGGCCACCUGGCCGUGCUCUGCCCCGACGUCAUGUUCUUCCUCGACGGCCACGUUAACAUGACGGCCGACGACUGGCUCCCCGUGGCCCGCCGGUGGGCCCUGGAGAGGGUGCAGGGCUUCGACGGCAGAGAACACGUCUUCAGCUGUGAGUCGGUGGGCAUCUCGUGCAAGAAUCCUUUGGGCAUCAUCCAAAGCUAUCUGUUGCCGCCGUGUUGCGUCGCAGAGAUGGAGGAGCAGAUUGGCUAUCUCGUCAGCUACGCAGAGCAGAAUCACCUUGAUUACGAGCUCCACGCAGGCUCGGUCCUCGGGGCUAUAAAGCUGGGCCAGUUCCUUCCUUGGGACUACGACACAGACAUUGUUGUCAACUGUCAUCAGUUUAACAAAUGGAUGCAGAUUAAUGCAUACCUAAAAACUAGGAGAAUUAAGUGCAAAAUGAGAGUUACGAAAAAAAAUACCUAUAUCACAGUUUUCUGCCCAAACUUCUUUCUGGAAAUUGUCUGCCAUAAAGGGAGAAACAACAGCCGAGUCCACCUUCCGGCCGAAUAUAGAGACAUCCCGACACAGGUCUUGUAUUCCGGCCGAUGGAUCAACGUCAGGAGCAACCCGGGACUCUACUGCAGGAACGCCAUGGGUCUGGAAGUACUCCGCCACGCGGCGCACUGGAGGACGCUCAAGACGUCGACGGAGGCGAAAGCCAGGGGCGGCUACGACAGCCCAGGGACUUGGAACAAGUGUAAGGACCCGAACCAUCAUUCCUGUCUGGACAAAUAUCCUGGAGACGGAAACCUGCCCUUCACUCAGCCUUUCCUGCGCCCUUAGCCUCAGACGACGAAGGAAACCUGCGCCUCAGCCAGGAGGGAGAUCGGGAGGACAUCGAUCUCUCUCCUACGGGUCCUGCUAAGCCUCAGAGAGGAAUCGGUGUUUACGAAUUACCAUCGGCUGCUAUGAUUUCCCUUUGCUGUCAGAGGACAAGUGCUUGGAGUUAAUUGUUUUGUAUGGAAACACAUUGGAAACAAUACAUAUCAUGUAAAGAGAAAGUAACUUAAAUUAUCAUUCUUUGUGUGAUAUAUAAAGGUUUUUAUUAUAGAGAGUUUUUAAGGUGCUGUUACAAAGAUAAAUGUCUACGAAAAGCUUUUUUAACAGUUAUAAACCAUGACAAAAACAAACAAAAAGUCACUAAUUGUUAUCACACUUGUAACUCUCAUCAUACGUUUGGCAAGUCCAUUGCUUCCCUCACUUGUUAUUAUGCCUUUUACAGUGUGAUAGUGUAUUCACCUUAUUUAUUAUUAUAAGGAUAUCAAUUUGCAAUAUUUAACACAAUUACAGACUAUUUCUACUU